AUAGAGAUGUUUAUCUAUUGUUUUCUUUCUCCAUUGUUAUUUCCUUUGGGUGAUAUUACAUCUCUCCCAAAUCAGUUCAAGUAACAGAGGCAUGAAUCUGGACAUAGCCAAACCAGACGCAAAGACUGGUGGCAAAGCCCCCCUCAGAGCCACAGCUCCUGGUUCCCCACGGAAGGCCCCACCCAAGUUCAAACAGAGAAACACUCGUCAAUUCAAGAGCAAACCCCCUAAGAGAGGAGUUAUUGGCUUUGGAGAAGAUAUUCCAGGAAUGGAGGGACUUGGCACUGAUAUCACUGUGAUCUGCCCCUGGGAGGCGUACCGCCAUCUAGAGCUACAUGAGCUCGCUCAGUACGGCAUCAUUUGAGUCUUCAACAUAUAAACACCUUUCCUCUCUCAAAGGAAACUAUUGUAAAAAGGAUAUUUAGAAAUUAAUCAAAGUAAAAUUUUUUUGCUACUUCUGAAAGGCAAAUGUUAGAAUUAUAUUAGGACAUCAUGUAAUAUGUGUCUGGCAUAUUUUGGUGUUUUUUUGUGUGUCAAAUAUAUUAUAUGAGACUUUCAAGCUGCCAUUUCUACACCCUUAAACUAUAUUGCUGUUCUUGCAUUAUACCAGCACAAUGUUUUUUUGUA